AAUUGUACCAAAAAAUGUUUCCUGUUAGCAGAUUACAGCGAAGAAUGCAUUUUUCAGAAAAUAUGAACUAAGUUUUUUCACACUUGAGUCAUAAGCAGCGGUUCAGAUAAAAUGGGAAGAAAAGAAGAAAUAAAAAAAGAAGAUUUGGUUCAGGCUGUUGUAUUCGCUGAUAAUUUUAACACGAGCUUCCAGCCUCUAACUUCCAGUGAACCAUCAUGUCUGCUUCCGCUAGCUGGACGUCCACUAAUUGAAUACACCCUGCAGAGCCUGUCACGGAGUGGUGUACAGGAUGUUGUUCUUUAUCUUACAAGCAACUCAAUCAAGGUAAAGGAUUGGUUGAAAGGAUCAGAGUGGAGUGAAUCCUACCAUGCUGCACCUUUCUCUGUUACUUGUAUUACAAACGAGGAGUGCAGAUCUUUCGGGGAUGGAAUGAGAGAUUUGUAUGAGAAAGGAGUUCUACGAAAUGAUUUUAUUCUUGUAUCAGGAGACCUGAUAUCCAACCUGAACCUGGCUCCAUACCUAAACGCACACAAGGAGAAUCUGGCAAAAGAUAAGCAUUCAAUAAUGUCCUCCAUUUAUAUCAAGGGUGAUCAAGGGCAUCCUCUGCGAGGUCAGGGGAAGGAGCUGGUUCUAGCAACUGACAGAUCAACCCAGCAGCUGGUGUUUUAUCAGAGAUCCAGCAGGAAAUCAUCAGAUUGUCUUCAUUUUAGAUCAAUUCAGCAGCUGUUUUAUCAGAGAUCAAGCAGGAAAUCAUCAGAUUGUCUUUAUUUUAGAUCAACCCAGCAGCUGUUGUUUUAUCAGAGAUCAAGCAGGAAAUCUUCAAAUUUUCUAUAUUUUAUAGAUCAACCCAGCAGCUAG